AUUGCUACAUUCAGUAAUUCCUCCGCCAGGCAAGUGUAGUCAUGGAGGGUCGAUGGACUCCUCUGUGAACAAGGCACCCUCAGGAGGCAUCAACAAAGAGACUUCCUCGCCCUGCUUUUCUCCACACUACCACCUGCACCAACAGGCCGUGGAAGCUGCCAUCAAAGCCAGCGAACAUUAUCUGGCCCAGCUGCGGGACACCAUUGGGGACGAACACUUCCACAACCUGCUGGACCUGUACCCGGGGUCGGCGCUCUCCAUCAUCAUUGACACGACUGGCUCCAUGGCCUACGAGAUUGCCGCAGUGAAGGAGAAGUCAAGAGAGAUUGUAGAAAAAACUCACCCCGACUUUUAUGUGUUGGUGCCGUACGCUGACCCAAAGAUUGGGCCGGUCACAGAAACCACAGAUUCUGACGUAUUCCUGAGUGAGCUGGACAAGCUUGAGGCGUUUGGUGGCUGUUGUUGUUUGGAGGAAAAGUUCUGGCAUGGGCUCCAGCUGGCCCUUGCCAACACCCCAGACUACACAAGUAUAUUCUGCUUCACCGAUGCCGGAGCUAAUGAUGCCGAGCUGAUGGAUAGUGUGCUCGCUCUGGCCAUCGCUAAACGGUGCAAGGUAACAGUUGUGUACAGUUACGACAACAGCAACAGAGGGGCUGGCAAAGAGACGUACGCGAGUGACUGUGUAGGGUACGAGACCUCCGGCGUAGAUGAGUACAAGCAGCUGGCGAUCCUCACUGGGGGAAGCUUCGUGGAGAUUGACAAGUUUGACGUGGAUGAAGUGUUGGGGAUCAUGGACGAAGGGGUGCAGGAAAAUGAGGUGAGCCUGCAGAUGCGGGACACAGUGGCGGGAAAACAGGAACUGAGCUUCCCCAUCGAUGACUCCAUUAGCCAGUUUGUGGUGGCCCUCAGUGGAGACCUUUCUACGGCUGUCCUCAACCACUCGUCAGGUAUUAGCUAUGACCUAACAAAUCAAGUGCUGCUGGAGGGGAGUGAGGGAGUGGAGCUCAUCUCGUACACUACUUCAUUCAAGUCCAUCAGGUUCAUCAAUCACUCUCUUGGAGAAUGGAAUCUGCAGCUGGAUGGAGGAUCUUCUGAAUAUACUGUUGCCGUGACUGCCAUCUCCAGCCUUUCCUUCCUCUCCGAGUUUUGUCUGCUGGAGCUGUCUCCCCCCCGGCCUGGCUACAGAGUGCUGGUGGGCUACCCCAUCACAGGAUCCCAAUACUACAUCGAGGUGACUCUCGUCGGAUACGUGGAGAGUGAAGUCGACUCCGUCAGUGCCAUCAAACUGGUGUCAGAGAAAGGUGAAGUAAAGUCUCUCAUUGAAUAUAAUGGGAUAGUGGAUGACCAUUUCUACGCCCUAACGGAGCCCCUCCCAACUGAGUCCUUCUACGUGCAAGUGGACGGCUUCCUCAACUCAGGUCAGGCUUUCACUCGCAUCUUUCCCACAAUGGUGAUGUCCGUCAUGUGUUCCGUGGAGCUGGUGGUGGAUAAGUCCGUCAUGUCGGCAGAAGCCGGGCGUUCAGCCACAGCCUACUACAGAGUGGACAAUUAUGGACCAGAAGCGACCUUUGAUUUCUUUGCCACAGAUGAGAAGAAGUUCAUCUCGGAUUGGAGCCCAGCAUCGGCAGUCAUUCCAGAGAUGGGUUCCACCAACAUUACUGUGGUGUUUUGGGUCCAAGAGACAGCCAUGCCGGGGACAGUGAGCACCGUGACUGUGACAGCAUCCUCAGCGGCCCACGAAUACAAUGUUAACUCUGCCAUCUCCCACUUCUACGUUCUGUCCGGUGAGGAAGAUGAGGAGCCUCCAGUGUGUGUGAGCAGCAGUGCACCGAGCUGUGAGGGCUAUAACACACCGGAGACCUGCAGCGAGGGCAGCUGGUCAGCGGAGGCCACGCUUCAGGACGUGGAGUCAGGUUUGAACAGCGUCUUCUCAGAUCCAGAAGAAACCCUCAGUGUGGACUCCUUCCCCGAGGGAGCAACAUACCCUGUCAAUGCCACUUUCUCUGCCUCUUGCUGCGUGCGGACGGCAGAGGUGAUUGGCCGAGACGAGUUGGGUAAUAUUGGCAAAUGUGAAUGGAACCUUGGCACUCUUGCUGGCAUGGUGCUGGAGUUUGUGGCUGAGUCCGUUGGGGAGAGUUGGGUGUACCUGCGCUGGAGUGUCAGUGAAGUUCGGGACGACCUGGACAAGUACUCUGUCCUGAUUGAUGAAGACUACACAGACAGUUCCCGGUGCCCAGAGCUUGUGUGCCACAUGAACGUGACCUACCUGGACCCCUGCACCCUGCACACCUUCACCCUCACGCCACACUACAAGAGCACCGAGGGAGUGGAGACACAGGGCGUACCACAGGACACGGAUGCCACAACGCUGGGCCCAGUUCCUGAGGCUCCCACCAAUGGCUCCAUCGACUACGUUGGUGAGACUGCCACCAGUCUCUCUUGGACACCCCCAAGCAAUCUUGAAUGCCUCGACCACUUCCAGGUGUGCCUGAGGAUGUUUGGGUCAACAGAGAUUCAGUGUGAGAGCACCACCAGCAACAACAUCACUCUGGAAGGUCUGGAGCCCUGCACCGUCUACCACAUCAACAUUACUUCUGUCUCCAUUCAUGGCCAGCCAAGCCAAGACUCCCUGCUCAUUGAAACCAACACUAAUGAUGCAGCUCCCGGUGCACCCGAGAACCUGCAGGUGAUCAAUCAGACAGCACAUUGGGUGGAACUGUCCUGGGAUAAUCCACUUGAGAGGGCCAGCUGUAUAAAAAGGUGGAUGAUCUCUGCCGAGGAGUACCUCAGGUUCCAAGAAGUAGACACUGUGGCCGACAACCAUGCAACAGUGAACAACCUUCUUGCCUGCAUCACGUACAUCUUCUAUGUGUCGGGAGUGUCUCCCGGAGGUGCCCAGGGCAGCACGGAGACCACCAUCACCACCAUGGAUGAGAUUGAGCCAACAGCCGUGGAGUCGGUGGCGGCCAGUGCGCUGGAUGCCAGCAGUGUGAAGGCCGUGUGGGUCCCUGCCACCCUGGAGGAGUGCGUCCACCACUACCUUGUCUGCAUCACUGACCUGACCUCCCUGGCACAGCAGUGCCACAACAACACCGACCUGCAGGACACAUUCACGGACUUGGAGGCAUGUAUGGACUAUGAGGUGACAGUGACCCCAGUCGCUCCUUCCGGGAGGCGGGGCAACUUCAUGUACAACAUCACCCGCACCAAGGACCUGCCCACCAGUCCGCCAACCAGCCUUGAGGUGACGGACAUCAGGGCCCACACUGCUCUGGUGUCCUUUGGGCCGCCGCUGGAAAACCCUCUUUGUGUCGUGGAGUACAACAUUGAGAUAGAGGAGCUGGGAAGUGCAGCAACCACCAGGACCAUUUCUGCCAGAGCGCUCCUGCAACAGAUGGUGUUGGGCCUGGACGCCUGCACCAGCUAUGAGGUGCGAGUCUCUGCUGUCACUACUGAUGGAUUUGUAAGUGAGAAAGUGAACAGCAGCUUCACAACAGCAGAGGACACUCCUUCUGUUCCUCGAGCCCUCACACACAUCACAGCGGCUGCAGACCAAGUCCAGCUGUAUUGGAUUGCACCCCUGACAAACCCCUUGUGUGUCGACACCUACAAAGUAUCGUGGACCAGUGGCAGUGACAGUGGCAGCAUGGACUACUCUCCCUCGGGUCACUCACCAGAGGUCACGGUGACAGUGACUGGACUGGAGAGCUGCUCACCCUACACCUUCAAGGUAUCAGCUGUGACACCUCUUGGAGAUGAAGGACCUUCUGCUUCACACACAGUCUCCACCAGUUGUUAGUGGACCCUUGGGAUUAGGACAGUUAAGUCCUGAAAACAGGCAUCCAUUUUUUCAAAGUCAUUCUUCCCCCAUAGAGAAUAUCAGUUAGUGGUUAAUUAUUUUCUUAUUGCAUGUUCAAUUCAUGGUAUUGAUCUUGAACUUCACGUUUGAAACAUUAUAAUUAUUCAAGUUAAUAACUGAACAAUAUAAUUUUAAUAUUUGAAUAAAAAAUACUUUUUUGAUUUAUAAUUAGCAUCUGAAGACAUGUUAUAUGAAUUUAUAUGAAUUUAGAGUUGUAAGUAAGGGCCAGUAAAGAUUUGAGGGUUGUUGCAACAGUAAUAGAAAGUAUGGUAUUAUUUGCAUGAGAACACCUGUGAAGGGACUGACAACAUUGCAUGUGACUGAAAACAGCAGCAAGUGAAGGAGCACAUAUUGCUGCCUUUCAGGAAAACAAAUAAUACUGGAUGUAACAAGGAA